CGAUAUUCAUAAACAAGUUAACUAUCGCAAAACAUAUGUAACGAUUAAUGGAUUGUCUAAAAAGGCAAUUCAAACUGGGAUAGAUGCUGGCUCUAAUACCAUACAAGAACUAGAAAAUUUUAUGAACAGUUUUAUUACUAAGUACACAUCAAAAAAAAAAGAAACUCCGAUUCAUAAAAAGAACAAGAGGCAACAUGAAUAUGAAAAUGAGACUAGUUCAAGUUAUAGUUCCAGUGAUGAAGAAGGUUUUAUUGCGGUUGAAAACCCAAUUGUUCGCUCGAAAAGAGGCGCUUCAAGAAAAAAGCGACUUAAAGGAUUCCAUGAAUUCGAAAGCAAAAAUAAAAAAACUAAAGAACAUUCGGAAAUACCAAAAGGUAGAAAACUAACUCAAUGUCAACAAUGUCAAAAUACUGGAUAUAAUAGAGCUGGUUGUGAAGCAUAG